CGCCGAUGAUCUGAACAUUAGAUCAUUAGAUAUGGACAAUGUACUGCCUGCCGCGAAGGAGUAUGCGCUGGACUUGUUCCUCCCAGUGCGUGAACAAGCUCAUAAUUGGCUGAUGCUGGCGUACCUCUCCUGGAGCGUGUUUGUCCUCAUAGAUAUCAAUGGGAUUCUCUCCGGCUUAUUAGAAUAUAUGCCCGUGAUUUAUGGUGCUAUAUUGAGCUUCUUGGGGAUCUACGCAACAUCUGCGUAUCUGUGCAAUAUCUACGUUCCUAUCUACUCUGGGCUUUCGUUAUUCGGACAACGACAAUGGGAUAUGAGGAUCAUGUCUAGUAUUCACGCGGUUGUUGUAACUGUCGGUGGUGCAGUCGCAUUCUUCGACUCGGAUUUGCAUGAAAGUCCCAUCGAAACGAACAGUGUGGUAGUCAAGUUUGUUACAAGUAUAUUCCAUGGAUACUCAAUUUUUGAUUCGUUCCUGACAAUAAAGUAUUUCGAUGGUAAUACGCCCGGUGGUACGGCCAUACUUAUACACCAUGCCAUGGUUGUCUUCAUCUCUCUUUUCCCUCUGAACACCGAUAAAUGGGGCUUGCCCACCAGCAUAUACCUCAUGAAUGAGGCUUCGACGAUAUUUUUGAACAAUAUUCACUUCUUCAAGGAUCUAGGUAUCGAAAAGGAUGGCAAGCUGGCUACCUACAAUUCGUUGACCUUCGCGGGAGUCUUCUUCGUUUUCAGAAUUAUCGGCAACACUUACAUUGUCGUUGUUUUGUCCUUGGCAGGGGCGUCCGCAUUCGGCUCGACACUAGAGCUUAUUAGCUGUGGUGGUUUUGCUGUCGCAAUUUUAGCACUGAAUUUAUUCUGGUUCUAUAGAAUUGUUCACGGAGCGUUGAAAGUGUUUAGAGGCCCUCAUGACAGCCUCCAGACCGCGUUGACCGACGAACUCGAUUUGGAGCUUGGUGCGAAAGUCUCAAGUGAUGAAAGCGAUGUGAACCUCGAAAACGAGCAUGAUGGCUGGGAUGAACCAGACGACGAAAAUGAUCUUCUCGACGAGCAAAACUUGCACAAUUGAUAGCUGCAACUAAGAUAUAUACAGUGGCCAUUCUACUCAGGCCAGCGUGUCACAAUAUACAGCCAUUGAGAUGUGAAAUUCCGUGAAUAUGUUCUUAGUAAGAAAAAUGUAGGAAUUUAUUCGGUAUAAGAAUAAUGAAUGUGAGAUUGCGUAUGUUUCCUGAAGCACUAUAGAGAUCACGUUGGACUACGAUCAAACAAGUUACAUCGCAAAUAAAUAUUAGAUGACA